CUCAUGUCGCGCGCCCUAACAAAAUUAACCCUCACCAAAUCUCAUAGUAAGUGUGCAUGUCUCAUACAAUUUUGUUAGCACCAGAGCGAAGAAGAAAAAAUAUUGAUUAAAAAUUUGUAUUGAAUUUUUUUUAUUUCAUUUUACCUACUUUAGCUAUACAAAUUAAGUCAUAAUGGUUAACGUUCCAAAAACUAGAAAGACCUACUGUAAAGGUAAGGAAUGCAGAAAGCACACCCAACACAAGGUUACCCAAUAUAAGGCUGGUAAGGCUUCCUUAUUCGCUCAAGGUAAGAGAAGAUAUGACCGUAAACAAAGUGGUUUUGGUGGUCAAACCAAGCCAGUUUUCCACAAGAAAGCUAAGACUACCAAGAAGGUUGUUUUAAGAUUAGAAUGUGUUGUCUGUAAGACCAAGGCUCAAUUAUCUUUAAAGAGAUGUAAGCAUUUCGAAUUAGGUGGUGACAAGAAACAAAAGGGUCAAGCUUUACAAUUUUAAAAGUGAAAUUUAUACUUUAUUAGUCAAUAUAAUUAUAAUGAGUUUAUUACUUCAUAAUAUCUAAUUUGAACCUGGUUUAGAAAGGGUAUAACAUACAUUUACAUAUAUAUAUUAUCCAAUAAUUUUGUAUUUUUCCUUUUAUCAUAUAAUAUACAUUAAAAACAUUAA